UCGGCAAGGCGCGCUCUUCGGCUUUCACCUUUCGGACUCCUCGACGAGUCGCCCGUUACGGUCAGCGCCGACCGAUCUUUCGUGGCUUAGUUUUAGAAUCUGUCAGGGAGGCUCCUUACACCUCGCCCUGCCUCCAGUGCGGAAUCCAACGAUCGCGUCUAGUGACAUUUCGGGUGCCACGAGGGUGUCUGGAAGGGAGAGAGAGAUGUUUCGCUGAACCCUUCUGAGCAGCUGGUGCCUGCCGAAUAAGCGCCACUUACUGGGAGGAAGAUGUCGAAGAGCCAGCAACAAAAUGGCGUCGGGCCUGGAAACGGCGGAGGCGUGGGCGGCCCUGACGACUUCUCGGACGACGAAAGCACACCUUUGACCCAGGAUUAUGGCGGCAGCCAGCGAACGGUCCUGGAAACGAAAGGAUGGGACGUCUUCAGGGACCCUCCCCAGAAGAUCGACUCGGGGUCGAUGGCGAACCAGAAGUGCCUCGAGGCCACCGUCCAAAUCACCAAGGUCCUCGUCUACUUCUUCGUCUUCAUCAUAGUCCUGGGCAGCGGCGUCAUAGCUAAGGGGACCGUAUUAUUCAUGACUUCCCAGCUCAAGGCCGGAAGGACCAUGGUUUAUUGUAAUCGACAGUUAGGUCGCGAUAAGCAAUUCGUCGUGCAGUUACCCGAAGAGGAGAGGAUAGCCUGGAUCUGGUGCAUCGUUAUCGCUUUUGCAGUCCCCGAAUUUGGGACGCUGGUGCGCAGCAUUCGCAUUUGCAUAUUCAAAUCCUGGAAAAAGCCACCUUCCAGUCAUUUUCUACUUGUCUUCUUGAUGGAGACUUUGCACGUCGUUGGCCUAGCCUUGAUGUUCUUCGCGGUACUUCCGGAGCUGGACGUUGUCAAGGGAGCCAUGCUCACGAAUUGCGUGUGCUUCAUUCCCGGAGUCCUCGGUCUUCUUUCGAGGAAUAAAAACAAGGACGAGUCGAGGAGGUUCGUCCUUGUACUAGUCGACCUGGCUGCGCUGGCCGCCCAGGCAACAGGAUUCUUCGUUUGGCCUCUUCUCGACAGCUCCAGAUCGUCCUUAUGGCUGAUCCCACCGGCUCUAAUAUUUGUUUCCUGUGGCUGGUGGGAAAAUUACGUCUCCAUGCAGAGUUCCGUCGGGCUGAUAAGGACCCUGGCCAGGGUGAAGAAGGAGCUGAGGUUGACGAGAUACUUCACUUAUAUGUUCGUGGCGAUAUGGAAAAUCGUGGCCUUCUUCCUCAGCACGAUGGUCAUCUUGCACAUGAAAGGAGACAACAUCGGCUACUUGUUCACGAUGUUCGGCACUGCGUUUAGUAGUCAUAAAAUCGUAGUUACGGCCAUUCAGCCGAAUUUGGGUUCCGGCACCUCACCUCUAGGAGUGAUUCCUGACCUAGCCGAAAUCUUGCCCAAUGGCGAGACCGAAACCGUGAAUGCAGAUUUCAACACGCCGAUUUACGUGCUCCUGCUGCAGAUCUUCGGCGCAUACUUCGUUUACGUCUUCGGUAAAUUCGCGUGCAAGAUCCUGAUCCAAGGCUUCAGCUACGCGUUCCCUGUGAACCUGACGAUCCCGGUUUGCAUAUCGCUUCUGAUAGCAGCUUGUGGUCUGCGAAACGAAGACCCCUGUUUCUUUCAUGGGACUAUUCCCGACUAUCUCUUCUACGAGUCGCCGCCACUUUAUUUUCUAAACGACUUCGUCUCGAAGCAAUACGCCUGGGUUUGGUUACUCUGGUUGCUCUCGCAAACAUGGAUUACUUUGCACAUAUGGACGCCGAAAUGCGAACGUCUCGCUGCGACCGAAAAGCUCUUCGUUGUCCCGAUGUACGAUAGUUUAUUGAUAGACCAGUCCAUGGGACUAAAUCGAAAAAGAGACGACCAGCCAGAAGUCAAAGUCGAGGACCUAGCCGAGAUAGAGAAAGAAAAAGGUGACGGUGACUAUGAAACGAUUUACGAGCAGACCGAUGGAUCCAAUACACCUCCAACCACGGUAAAAAGUAGUGAUCACGUUACGAGGAUAUACGCUUGUGCCACUAUGUGGCACGAGAACAAGGAGGAGAUGAUAGAGUUCUUGAAGAGCAUCCUGAGGCUCGACGAGGACCAGUGUGCGAGAAGAGUGGCGCAGAAAUAUCUCAAAGUGGUCGACCCGGAUUACUACGAAUUCGAAACGCACAUUUUCUUCGACGACGCCUUCGAGCUCUCCGAUCACGACGAAAACGAGUCACAAGUGAACCGAUUUGUCAAGCUGCUGGUCGGGACAUUGGAUGAGGCUGCAUCGGAUGUGCACCAAACUCGAAUGCACGUCAGAGCCCCGAAAAAGUAUCCCACGCCGUACGGUGGUCGUUUGGUUUGGACACUUCCUGGAAAGACGAAGAUGAUCGCCCAUCUGAAAGACAAGAGCAAGAUUCGACACAGGAAGCGGUGGAGCCAGGUUAUGUACAUGUACUACCUUUUGGGACACCGGCUGAUGGAGCUGCCGAUCAGCGUCGACAGAAAGGAGGUGAUCGCCGAGAACACUUACCUUUUGACUUUGGAUGGUGACAUCGACUUCCAGCCGGCCGCGGUGAAGCUUUUGGUGGACUUGAUGAAGAAGAAUAAGAACCUUGGCGCGGCCUGCGGUCGGAUCCAUCCCGUGGGGUCUGGUCCCAUGGUUUGGUAUCAGAUGUUCGAGUACGCCAUUGGACAUUGGCUGCAGAAAGCUACCGAGCACAUGAUCGGCUGUGUACUUUGUAGUCCUGGAUGUUUCUCCUUGUUCCGAGGAAAAGCACUGAUGGACGAUAACGUGAUGAAGAAGUACACUACCAGAUCCGACGAAGCAAGGCAUUACGUGCAAUAUGACCAAGGAGAAGACCGUUGGUUGUGCACUCUUCUCUUGCAAAGGGGUUACAGAGUCGAGUACUCAGCAGCCAGCGAUGCUUACACCCACGCACCGGAAGGGUUCAACGAGUUUUACAAUCAACGUCGACGUUGGGUACCAUCUACCAUAGCCAACAUCAUGGAUCUGCUCAUGGACGCAAAGAGAACCAUCAAGAUAAACGAUAACAUCUCUUUACCGUACAUCUCUUACCAAAUUCUUCUGAUGGGCGGUACCAUCCUGGGUCCUGGGACCAUAUUCCUCAUGUUGGUCGGAGCUUUUGUGGCGGCCUUCAAAAUCGACAACUGGACGAGCUUUUAUUACAAUAUCAUUCCGAUCUUACUCUUCAUGAUCAUCUGUUUCACAUGCAAGGCGAACGUCCAGAUAUUCGUAGCGGCGGUGAUCAGCAUCAUUUACGGAUUGGUGAUGGUGGCUGUUAUCACAGGGAUUGCAUUAAAUAUCUCGGAGGACGGUUGGCUAUCACCAGCCUCCCUUUUCCUCAUGCUAAUCACGGCCCAGCUAGUAAUAGCAGGAAUCCUGCACCCCCAAGAAUUGAUCUGCCUACCCUGUGGUUUAAUCUACUACAUAACCGUACCCUCUAUGUACGUACUACUAAUCCUGUAUUCCAUCAGUAAUCUGAAUGACGUUACUUGGGGCACGAGGGAGGUCCAAGGAAAGAAGACCUUAGCGGAACUCGAGCAGGAAAAAAAGGAAGCCGAGGAAGCUAAGCGCAAAGCUAAGCAGAAAUCAUUACUCGGCUUCCUCCAAAAUGGAGCUGGCAGUAACGACGACGAUCAGGGUUCAAUCGAGAUAUCAUUAGCUGGCCUCUUCAAGUGCAUGCUGUGCACUCACGGCAAACCUUCGGACGAGAAGCAGCAACUGGUUGCCAUUGCUGAGUCCUUAGAACAGCUGGGAAAACGAUUGGAAACUAUCGAGAAGACCAUCGAUCCACAUGGACAUGCAGCAGCAAGAAGACGAGCCUCCUCCGUGGGUUCGCGUAACAACGAUCAUCUUGGUGCCAUUGGUGAAGACCCUGCCGAAGCCGAGGACCGUGAUAGCGAAACCGAUACCGUAGAAAGCCAGAACACCGAAGGACAUCGCGAAGGGAACUUCCUGUCCAGGCCAUAUUGGCUGGACGACGAAGGGCUGAAAAAGGGAGAAGUCGAGAUCCUGUCUCUUCAGGAGGAGCAAUUCUGGAAGGACUUACUUGAGAAGUAUCUCUAUCCCAUCGACGAGGACAAAGCGGAGAAGGCUCGAAUCGCCAGAGAUCUGAAGGACCUCCGUGACCAGAGCGUCUUUGCGUUCUUUAUGAUGAACGCCCUCUUCGUCCUGAUCGUCUUUCUGCUGCAGUUAAACAAAGAUUUGCUGCACAUUAAGUGGCCCUUUGGUAUCAAGACUAACAUCACCUAUGACGAAAGCUCCCAAGAGGCUCGCAUUGCCACCGACCUGAUCGAGCUGAGGAACAAGAGUGUGUUCGCCUUUUUAAUGUUCAAUGCCUUGUUCGUUCUGAUCGUAUUCUUACUGCAAUUGAACAAAGACCAGCUACACAUUAUCUGGCCGCUCGGAGUCAAGACAAACAUCACCUACAUUGAGGAGACCUCGGAGGUGCACAUCUCAAAGGAGUACUUACAGCUCGAGCCAAUUGGUCUCGUCUUCGUCUUCUUCUUCGCCCUGAUCCUCGUCAUCCAAUUUACGGCGAUGCUGUUCCAUCGCUUCGGCACUUUCGCGCAUAUUCUGGCCAGCACAACUCUAGAUUGGUAUUGCUGCAAGAAGUCGAAAGAUCUUUCGGAAGAGGCGUUAUUGUCGAAGCAUGCAGUGGAGAUAGUACGUGAUCUGCAAAGAUUAGACGGCAUGGAGGGUGACUACGACGAGGGCAGUGGCAGUGGUCCAGGAAGACGAAAAACUAUCAGGAAUCUCGAGAAGAGCCGCAGGAAGACUCAGGCGAUCAACACCCUGGAUGUUGCCUUCCGACAGCGCUUCUUCAGCAUGUCCGAGGGCACUGGCUUACCGAGGAACAUGUCCACUCGACGCUCGACCAAAGCGUUCAAGGCAUUUGAGGGAAGAAGAAAUAGCAUCAUGGCCCUUAGGAAGAAGUCCCAAAUGCAGACCCUGGGGGCCAACAAUAUUUACGGAGUUGCCGGGAAUCCACUGGGGAUUCAAGGAAGGCCUUCAAGAAGUAGCCAAAUAUCCGUGAAGGAGGUCUUCGAGGGUCAUUCAGGACACGUAAAUUCGGCAUACGAGGGAGAGGAAAGUCCUGGCAACAGUCUGAGACUGCAAUCGCUGGGCCAAGUCACCUGGCGAGAUGGUGCAUCCAAAAUGUAGAUAAUCGUGGAACCCAGGUAGUACCGAGUGGUACUUAGUACCAAAUUAUAAUAAGUAAUUGCGCCGACAACGAAGCGUUAUCAUGGAGAUUACUAGUUUUACUAGAAUUGCCCUAGAAGUAGCAGCUCUGAUACAGUUGCCCACACUGAUGACAAUUAUCCUCGUGUCAAUUUAGCCGCAGUCUAUUAAGGUAGAGAAACAAGGCGUAGACCCACGUGGGUUCAUUCGAACGUGGGAAUUAAUCAGUAUGUUCAUGUGCAGUCAAUUGUACAUAUCCAAGUAUCCGCACACAGAGAUUACCAUACGCUAUAGUCAGCAUAACUAUGUAAUUUUAUAACGUAGGCGAUUAUUAAGGGCGAGUCCAGCCGUGUCCUCGUUUGAAAUUUUCCACGGAAACAUUUAAAAGAAUAGUUGACAUCCCCGAGGAACCGAUUACAUGGAAACAUAUUGAACUAUUAAAAAUUCUGUCGAUUUGUUUCUUGAGCAUUUUUUUUCCCCUUUUUUUUAUUUUUUAAUAUUCACAAGUCCGUGGAAAAUGUCGAGUAGGUGUAGAAAAUAUUAUUUGAAUUGGAGGUUCAAGGACACAUUUUAACAUUAUUUGCCGAUUAUUCGCAAGUUUAUACACAUUAGAGAUGCAAAUCGCGGAGAGUAAUCGCGCAAGAGAGUAUAAUUGCUUUCAAUUAGAAGCGAUAUUUUGCCCGACCAUGCGCGAAUCACGUUUUCACUUCCUUUUUUACCCACGACGUGGUUACUAUAAUCUAUUACAUUUUAUCAUUUUUUUCUUCCUUUUCUUUCUAAAAAGUGAUACCUCAAAUAUUUAACGAACUAUUGUUAUUAAUCUUAACGUCUCCCAUUGUAACGAGUGCAAUUGGGAGAGUGAGUGUACGAUCGAAUGUGCGAUAUUACAUGAAUUAGGAGAUUAUUAUGAAUUAGGAGAUUAGGGAUAAGGACCCUGAAAGUCUUAUCAUUGUACAUAUAUAUCUCCGAGAUCGGAUGCAUGUAUGAAACGCGGGGAAAGGAGCGACUGAUACUGGUACAUGCUCAUUUUUCACGCAUUAAAUAAAUGUAGAAUACCUUGCUAUAA